AUGUCUUCCCUCCGCGACCUUGUCAGUAAACUUUCCAUCGGCGAAAGCGGCGAGUUGCUCGUCCUUAGCUUUGACAUUGGCACUACGCAGUCGGGUGCUGCUCUUGCUUAUGUCGCGCCUGAAGCCAAGGGGUCUCGUGCACCUGCGGUCUUGGAAAAGCUGCCCGGUCAAACACCCGGCAAAGCCAAAAUUCCCUCGGUCCUCAUGUACGAUAAGAAGGGGGUUUGCCACGAAAAAUGGGGAAGCCAAGUCUAUGAUCUCGAUCGCAAAGAAAAGGCAGCUUUGAAGAGCGGCGAACUCGUCAAAUCUGAAUGGUUCAAAUUGUACAUCGAUCCCGAACGCCGAAUCAACAAGAAGGCUUUCGUCUCCGACAAGUCGAAGGAGCUCCCUCCCGGCAAGACUGGCUUCGAUUUAUGGGGCGACUUCUUGGGCAAACUGACCGUCGCUGCGAAGCAAGCGGCCCGCGAGGAGUGGGCGAUUACCUGGAUUCCCGAACUCGAACAACGUCAAAAAGUCAAGUAUAUCAUCACGAUUCCGGUCGCCUGGCAGAAAGAUCCGGCUACUAUGAUGGCUCUGCGCAAGCAAGCGCUCAGGGUCGGGUUGAUUACUGAAGAGACUUCCUCCUGCUUGAGCUUCUGCUCGGAGAGUGAAGCUUCUGCACUGCACUGCCGUAAUGAUGUGUUCCUCGUGAUCGAUGCCGGAGGUGGUACCGUCGAUUUUACCUCUUACAAGAUCAGCAAGACUGAGCCUCUAGAGCUCGAGGAGAUCGGCGCGGAUUCCAAGGUUUGCCUUUACCACGGCUCAACCUACGUCGACGGGUCGUUUCAAGAGGUUCUCACCGCCCAUUUGGAGCAAGAAUACCCUCUCACCAAGGCGACCGAGAAGCACAUCGAAGCGGCGAAACGUAUGUUUUCCACCUUGCGCAAGCCCGAGUUCACCUUCAAGAAAAAGGUCACUGGUUUCUGGGACAUUUCCGAGAACGAGGACGACUUCGAUGAUGGGGGCAUUGAGGUUCCUUGGUCGCUUAUGGAGGAGGCCUUCAAGCCUCACGUCGAUCUGAUUGUUGAGACCGCCUCGGCCAUUACGCAGCAAGACUCGCCCAAGUUCAUCUUUUGCUCCGGGGGCUUCGGCGAUAGUCCAUACCUUCGUGAGCGACUGGAAGCCAUCAAGGGGGUUCAGAUCGUCCAGCCGGAACAGACCGCCUCUUCUUCAGGAUCGAAGGCUGUUACUCUCGGUGCCUGCUUAUACGGCCUGAGAUCCUGGGUACAGAAGAGAAUCACAUCGAAGUGCAUUGGUUGCAAUACUUAUCACAAGAUUCCUUCUUGGCACAUGCCCGACCCGGAAGAAAGCAAGAACUUGGUCAGGAGGUAUGGCAACAACUAUGUCUACAAUAAUUUCACUCCGAUCAUCGAGCACAACCAAACGGUCAAUCGCAAGGAUUACUAUUCCAGUGCAUUACAGAAAGAAUUCCCUUAUCCUUUCGACGGUCCUGGAAAGCAAUGCACGUUCAAGGUACUUGAGUCCAACGCUACAGUCACCCCGAAAUGGUGCGAUGAUAAAGGGAUCACGGAGCUUGGUAGUUUCGAAUUCUUCAUCCCGAAAGAUGCGCCGCACGAGAUCGAGGUUACUCCUGACGGCACCAGGCUGGUAAACUACAACUUCGAAAUUCGCGUUUAUAGCGGGGAAACCGAGUUGCGUGCCGCGAUCUACAGCGAUGGCGAGAUUCUCGGCAAGAGCGCCUACCUCGAAGGACCCGCCGACCUCAUCGACGACUAG